AUAAUAAGUAGUGCCAAUGAUGAAGUGCACACUUUUCUUGCAGGCCUGUUGGUUUGAGGUUGCCGUAAAACUCGCUGUCGCUUCCCCUUUUAUUCAUCCCCACUGCCUAAACAAAUACCAAACAUACAAAGCCAGCCUUAAUAACUGGCACAUAAGAGUGUGUGUAUGUGUGUUAAUUUAAGCCGAAUAUUAAGCAUUACACCUCAUCCAAGACAUAUCUUUAUGAUAAUUAAUGUAGAGAGAGAGAGAGACAGGAAGUGCAGAGAGAUUUUUGGGGGAUGAUUGUCUGUCAUUAAUAUUUGUUUAUUGUCUGUUAGAAAAUGAAUUAAGGAAAAAGGAAAGAACUUCUUUGGUUGAGGGGAGUUCAUGGGGUGGUGGGGUUUGUGCUUGACAUUCAUCAAACAUGUGAAUCUUGGAUUCUUGUUGUGAUCGUUGUUCUGGGGUCUCCAGGAAAAUUUGUAAUCUGGGUGCCGGAAUUCUUGAUUUUCAGGCCAAGUUUGGAGGUGGAUUUGAAGGAUUUAUCCGGGUUCCCUGGAAAUUUCUUGAGAAGGGCAUUGCAGAAUCUUGAUGUUGAAGGGAAACAGAGAAGUGGGUGUUUGAAUUUUUCUCACUUCGAUCAACUUUUCGCGAAAGUUUAGCAAUUGGGUUGUGAAGAUCAAAUUUCUAUUCUGUUUUUUCCUCUUUGGUGUUGGUGUUUAGGAGUUGACGCAGCUUUUUCAGGCUGAUAGCCUGAUACAGUAAUCUGUCUUUAUCAAGAUAAGAAUUGUUUACUUCAUGACAUAUAUUAAAGUUCAAGUGGCAAUUGCAAAUAGGUCUAUGAUGGUGAAAUUUUUUCUUUCUCCGCUCUUGAAUUAUAACCUUCGGACAAUCAAUCAGAGCUCAGUGAGAUACUGAUAGUUACAACAGAUUGUUUUAGGGGUGUAUGUAGAUGGGUAAGGAUUGGUUCCGGAUUAGUUACUGUUUAGGUACAAAACAUGGAAAAUGCGUGUAAAGAGUUGGUGAAUUUGUCAUGUUAGGGAGAUUCCUCGGAUGGUUUAAAGGUUAAGGAACACUAGUUUUGCAUAGCGACAGGCAAAACAGAUGUAUGUGUCUGCCUGUCUGUACUGUGUUUUCUCAUUCUUGGAAUAGAAAGGUCAUCAUUUCAGAGCUUUGAUCUGAUACCUUGGUUUCAUUCACUCUCUUGAUUUCAUGUUUGUGGGAUUGUGCAAAAUAUGAUGACCAUGAGAUUUUUUAGUCUGGUGGGCAAUUCUUUCGGAUGUUCUGCAUCGGGAGAGCGUCUGGUCUCCGCAGCAAGAGAUGGGGAUCUUCAAGAAGCCAAGGCUUUGUUGGAGUAUAAUCCUCGUCUUGCGAGGUAUUCCACCUUUGGCGUUCGCAAUUCUCCGUUGCAUUACUCUGCAGCUCAGGGUCAUCACGAGAUUGUUUCACUCUUGCUGGAGUCUGGAGUUGAUAUUAAUCUCAGAAACUAUCGGGGGCAGACUGCUCUGAUGCAAGCUUGUCAAUAUGGUCACUGGGAGGUUGUUCAGACUCUGAUACUCUUUAGAGCCAAUAUCCACAGAGCCGAUUACCUCAAUGGAGGAACUGCACUCCACUUAGCUGCUCUGAACGGCCAUUCCCGAUGCAUCCGGCUUCUCCUUGCUGAUUACAUUCCUAGUAUUCCCAAUUUUUGCAGUAUCUUAAGGAAAAAAUCAAAAACGAAUGAAUCUGUUUCAGAGUUCGAUGAAGGUGCACUCUAUGAAGUAAUCAAUAGACCUGCCGAUGGAGGCGUCAGUGCCCUUCACAUGGCGGCCCUGAAUGGGCAUGCUGAAACUCUUCAUCUUCUUCUCGAUUUAGGGGCUUCAGUAUCUGAGGUAACGGUUGAAGAUGGCACUACAAUCGAUUUAAUAGGUGCUGGAAGCACACCACUCCAUUAUGCUGCCUGUGGUGGAAACGCACAGUGUUGUCAGCUUUUGAUUGCCAAGGGUGCCAGUCUGACAACAGAGAACGCAAACGGGUGGAGCCCGUUGAUGGUAGCUCGUUCAUGGCAUAGAGAUUGGCUUGAGGAGAUUUUAACCGAGCGACCAGAAAGCCAACCAAAACUUAGUCCUUCACCAUAUUUAUGUCUUCCUCUCAUGAGCAUUGUUGAAAUUGCUAGAGAAUGUGGAUGGAGAGGCAACGAUUCACCUUCGACAUGUUUAGAUCCAUGUGUUGUUUGCUUAGAAAGAAAGUGCACAGUUGCUGCUGAAGGUUGUUUCCAUGAGUUCUGCACUCAUUGCGCUCUGUAUCUAUGCUCGACAAAUAGCACGUCUACAGUCGCACACGGGCCUCCCGGUUCAAUUGCCUGUCCUUUAUGCCGGCACGGCAUAGUUUCUUUUGUUAAGCUUGAAGGGACAAGGCCGAUCAUAAAAGAAAUUGCAAGAACAAGCAUAUCCUUGCCCUUCUGCACUUGUUCGGCUGAGGUGCCAGAACUGGGAGACGCAUUGGAAACACCAUUCUGCAAACCGGAUUUCCAUUGUGCUAGUCUCUCCCCUCUAGGUUCUUCUUUCCGCUCCCUCAGCUGCAAACGGUUCCCUUCGGUGAAAAUCAGCCCCGGCCUUUGCAUGGGAGCUCCAGAAACUAGUCCAUGUUUGGUUCCAAGAACCACGGACCGUAGCCUCAGGAGCCAGUUGGUUAGAUGUUCGAGAUCAUCGAGCCUUAGGCGCUCUACGUCUCAGAAUGAGGGCAGGAGAUGGUGGUGUUCUUUCAAUCAAUCUAUGGGAACUGGAAGCAGCUGCUAGAGAUUGAUGAGGUAUUAAUUCCACUACGUACUCGUUUCAUGCGCAGUAUUUUCUUCGAAAAGAAUAAUUAUCAGGAAAACUUGGUAAUUAUUGUGAAUGAAAAAUUAUUUGUGUAAAUAUGUGGAGUUUGUCAUGAUUUUUCCAAAGGGACAUCGUCAAAUUGCUGUAUUGUUAGAUGAAAGAAACUGCUCUGUUAUGGCCUUAAAAUGCCAAAAUUAGAAGAGGAUGUUCUCUUGUGAUUUGCUGAAAUUUUGUAUUUGAGAAAGGAAAAAUAAUAAGAAUUAUCUUGUUUGGCUUAUGAAAAAAGGACAUUUGCACCAACGAUGUCUUGCGAAUUCAAGAUCUUGGGUUCGGACGGUAAGGUUGAGAUGUCGAAUUCGAGAUCUUGAGUUCGGACGGUAAGGUUGAGAUGUCGAAUUCGAGAUCUUGAGUUUGAAUAACAACACGUGAUUUCUAG